AAACAAAAGAAGCAAAAAAUUCUGAAAGAAGUGAAAAGUUUGGCAAAACUGGACUCAGAAUAUGUGGUAAAGUAUUAUCACUCAUGGCUUGAGUCCAAUCAUCUUUUCAUUCAAAUGGAGUUUUGCUCUCAAAGUCUUAAAUCUUUUAUUAAUGACAAACCCAUUGUCUUCGAGAGACAACCGGAAGACCACAUGAAUAGUGUGUUUGAAUAUUUCAUUUCAUGUGAAAUAUUUAAAGAACUCUUAGAAUGUGUUCAAUAUCUGCAUUCAUGUGAUCCGCCAGUCAUUCAUCGGGAUCUCAAACCCGACAACAUUUUGAUUACAAACAAAUUUAGGUCCAAUCGUUGUGUAAAACUGUGUGACUUUGGUUUGGCCACAGAACACGACCCCCAACUACACACUGCCAGCCGAUACGAGCACUCAUUUGUGGGCACUUUUAGAUAUAUCGCACCCGAAGUAUACACUCGUAGGAAAUAUAACUAUAAAUCAGACAUUUUUAGUCUCUCUCUAAUCGGAGAAGAGAUAUUUAGCUUAGAUUUACAGCCAUCGACAUCAUUUUCAGCACAAGAAUCGCUGUUUAACUCAUCGACAAUAUGUUUAUAUAAGACAUUGCAGUCAAUGACGAACUAUGAGUUUAGGCAAAGGCCUGAGUGUUGGGAAGUGUUGGCCAAACAUAACGAGUGGUCUAUUGAUAAGAAUUUUGUGGUUAAAUAUUACAACUCGUGGUCUGAAGAGAAACAUGUGUUCAUUCAUAUGGAGUAUUGCUGUCAAACACUCGGAGAUGUAAUCAAAGACAAAGCCAUAGUAUUUGGCAGACAAUUGCCGGAAGCAAUGAAUUUAUACGAGUAUUUCAUAUCGUGUGAAAUACUUCGGGAACAUUUGCAAUGCCUGCAAUACAUUCAUAAAUUGAAUCCUCCGGUUAUUCACCGGGACUUAAAACCUGCAAACAUUUUAAUUGUCAACAAUAAUAAUAACCGGUUUGUAAAACUCGGUGACUUUGUUGUGGCCACAGAUCACGGCAUGACAUCCAUGAGCCACACCUUAAACAUAGGAUCCUUACAAUAUAUGGCACCCGAAGUGUUUCAGAGCCGAUACAAUACUAAAGUAGACAUUUAUAGUCUGGCAGUCAUUUCGCAACAUUUGUUUAAUUUAUUCAAUAUUGAGAAACCACAGGAAACAUACAGUUUGACCACAUUUUCAGCCAAUUUCCACAAAUUAUAUCAAAUAAUUAAACAAAUGUCUCUGGGAUUGGCUGAUGACCGACCGACCAGUGGU